AUGAAGCUCCUUGCUGCUCUUGUCGUGCCUUUGGUUGGUGCCCGCGUCAUUCGAUUGGAGCAGGCACCCCUCUUGCCAGAGCAUACUGAAAGUGUUGCACCUGGAAUCGGUGUGCACUUCACAACUUCGUAUGCAACUGCUGCUGCAAAAUACGAGAAUGGCACGACGGUCGACUUGGUCAGAGUGCAAGCAGACGCAGACUACAUCGAGUUGAUGUCGCGGUGGACAAGAUCGUGGAGGGAAUUCGACUGUGAAGGGCCGGUCCAGCGACUACGAUGCGACCUCGAACAUGUACGGCGCGAAGCGAGAAGAAAGUUGGGACUACCCGUUACAAGAGAAUCGGCGACACUCAGCAAGUUUGUGAAGAAGGUGCAAGCCGCCAUUGAAGAAGAGCUAGGAACGUUGGUACACACAAUCGCUCCUGUUGCACCCCAACUCGUUGGCUGGGUCUCCGAAGACUUCCAAGAUGCUCUGGACCUUGCUGGCUUGACCUCUACAAGACUGGGCGACCGCAGCUCCAACGACAAGCCAACGUACCGGGACACGAACGCCGCUUUCGCAGGGCUGGGCCAUGGUCUUUGUGAAUCUGGAACGACCCUGGCAGACUGCUUGGAAGAGGAGCGCCAGAUGCCCUACGAGCACGUACUGUUUUUAGAUUUCGACAACUCAUCCUUUAGUGCAACGGUGCAAUACUUACAGCACGUAAACCAAGAAUGGACCUACUCCAACAGAGUUGACAUGGAGCUUGGGUGGUGGAAUCUGCCCAUUUUCGAAGCAACAAGGGCGAGAUUCUGGGCGCAAAUCCACGAGGUCAUCCUCGAAGUAGCCGGAGCACUACAGCGAGCGCCGAACAAGAUUGUUCUUCUUGGGGAUCAUGGCACGAACGCAGAGUUCCUAGACGUUAUCAAAGCUGCUCUGUGGGAUGUCCUGGAGAUCGACGUCUCGUUGAUGUUGAGUGCGAACGAGGCCGAGGAUACCGGUAUGUUGGCUGCACGUGGUGCAGCAGAAUUGGCGUGGAGAGCGGAGACAUGGAGCAACGAGAAGAGCGCGCAAGAGGAUGUUGAGAGCAUUGAGCUCUGA